UAGCAUUUCCUUUUGACUCUUCUUAGAACAAUAUUUGUAGUGUGCGACGCUGAUUUGGCCGGACUGGACUUUCUGUCUCAUUGUUUUUUUUCCAGCGGUUAAAAUAGGUCAUCAACAAUCAAUAUGUCACUUUCCUUCUGCGUUUCUCCGUGUUCAUCCCAUGCGUUCUCAUAUUCAAUCUCCGACUUUCUUCGCGUACUUUCUUUCUUCUGUCUUCCUCGCACAUCCCCACAUCCUACUCUGACUGAAAGCCUUGCGACUUUCGCCACUCAAAACAUAUCGUCGGGAAACUUCUGUCAGCGGCCAGAACCAGCACAUCAAACCCCACAUCAACACAACAAACACAACAACACAACAAGUCCAAAAAAGCGUAAAAUUGAGUCGAGACAAGUCCAUCACUGUCCACACACCCCAAAUCAAAUAUCUGAGCGGGGGUAUACCAAACAAUGCAUCCAUGCACACCAAACCAAAUAUUCCAUGCGAAAACGCCCCGAAUCCGAUCAUUCAUGUCGUUAAUAUUUCCCCCAAUACCAAAGAUCCGAAAACUCCAAACAGGCGUAACCCCGUCGCUGUCUAUGCGAACUCAAAUCGCUCGUCGCAGUGCUUCAUCUCGCGGAAGCAGUGCGGGCACAGGUCGAGGCCGUGCGCGGAUAGAGCGGCGGCUGCGCCGUGCAGCGUCUCUUGGGUUGAGGUGGAGGAUUCGAUUGGUCGAUAAUCGCGUAGAAUAGUUUUGCGGGGAGAACACUGAAGUCUGGAGUUGUACGAAGAUUGAUAUGA